AUGGGAGCUCCGCGGGGACGUCUUCACAAAGCGCCUUCUACUGCCACUAGUGUUGCAACACGGCGUUCCUCACGUCGGCAAAGGCCCCCGCAAGAAGAGGAGGAGGAGGCGGAGGCGGGGUAUGUGUCUGUAUACCAAGAACUUUUAUCAGAAUCAACGUCUUCCAAAGCGGCAGGGCCCGAGGAAGAUAGUAAGCCUCUGAAGAAGCGGAAGACCAUACAUCCUCCACCUCAAAAGGAAUUGAGCCCAGAUCCCGAAAAACAAACCGAAGUCGUGCCUGUAGUUGAAGCUGAUGUAGAGUCACAAUCUGCUCAGCACAAUUGGUCGACGAGAUCGAAUAUCAGCGUGCAAGAUGCGGGUAAACGUAUUCUGCAAACAGUCGAAGAUUCAGAUGAAUCCGACGACAGUGACCAAGAAUGGGAGGAUGCACUUGAUCAAGGCGAUGCCAACGAUGACGACGAAGAUCCUGAGGAUGUCGUGCCCGAAGUUGGUGAUUUAUCAAUCACUAUCGGAGGCGAUAAAGGAAAAGACAUCGCCCCUAAGCGUAAGGUACGGCGAAGAGGCAUCACAUCAAUCGAUAAAAAGCUUAGGCUUGAUAUUCACAUGAUGCAUGUUCUCUGUCUUUUAUAUCAUGUUCAUCGCCGGAACGCAUGGUGCAAUGACAGUCGAGUUCAAGCGAAGUUGCGGAAGAUCCUACCUUCAGGAGCGCUGGCCAAGUUUGUUCCGAUGCCUGAAUAUUCGCAGUACCAAGCAUCGAAGCAAUUUUUGGAGGGAUUGCGAGACCUAAGAUCUUGGUGGACAAACCGCUUCUCAGUGACUGCUUUGGGCAUGCAAAAGCCGCGCUGGGCUGACGUUGACAGCGAAGUCCAAUCAUUUACAGACUUUAGUGAUCUUGACGAGCCAAUGGAGUUGGAAGAGUUUAGAAAAGCUGCCGUAGCAUUGCAAGGAUCUCAAGACAUUGGUGCGCAAUUGUUCUGUGCGUUGCUGCGUGGCAUUGGCGUUGAGGCGCGUCUGGUUUGUUCUUUGCAGUGCCUACCCUUCGCAUCAGCAGCGCAAGUAUCUUCACCUCAAAAGACUAGUCCGAACAAUGUCUUGCGCCUAGAUCCAUACAACAGAGAGCAGUCUAGCCCUACAAAGCCAAAGCCAAAGCCGGUUUCUUCUCGUUCAAAGCGACCUUCUCGCCUCGAACGGGCACUAGGAGAACGACAUCGGUCUAUCGGCUUAGGUGUUGCUCCAAAGCAGAAGAAGAAGUACCACACUGCAUUUCCUGUGUACUGGAUAGAGGUGUUCAAUUCUGCCCAGCAGAGAUGGGUUGCGGUCGACCCAUUAUCAACGUUCACUGUUGACAAACCCGACAAGCUUGAGCCACCGCUCAAUUUUUCGCAGAACAGCCUCGUCUACACAAUUGCAUUUGAGGAAGACUCUUCAGCAAGAGACGUUACGCGCCGAUAUGCUAAAGCGUAUAAUGCUAAGACACGGAAAUUCAGAAUCGAUUGUUCUGAGGUUGGCGCAAAGUGGUGGAGACGAGCGCUCAAGCCAUUUCGAAGGAGAACCGUCCUGGACAGAGAUCAGGUUGAGGAGGCAGCUCUGGCCCGAAGAGAGGCUGGAGAAGGCAUACCUAAAAAUGUGCAAGACUUUAAAAAUCACCCUAUAUAUGUCCUUGAGCGACAUCUACGACACAACGAGGUCAUCCAUCCCAUGCACUCAGUUGGCAAAGUAAACGUUGGUACAUCUAUGAACCCGAAGAUGGAAUCAAUAUAUCGAAGAAAAGAAGUUCAUCUCGUCAGAAGUGCGGAUAAAUGGUAUAGGCUUGGGCGUGAUGUCAUCGGCGGAGAGCAGCCUUUAAAGCAUGCAAAGCCCCGGAAAGGUGCUCGACGCUCCGUUCCGCCAGACGAGGGGUUCGAGGACCAGAUACAGGAUGAACUCGGUGCCGCUCUGUAUGCAGAGUUCCAGACCGAACUCUACAUUCCUCCUCCUGUUGUUGGGGGCAGAGUUCCUCGCAAUGUCUACGGUAAUCUUGAUCUCUAUGUUCCUUCGAUGGUUCCUGAAGGAGGAACACAUAUCAGGCACAAGUUGGCCGCCAAAGCUGCUCGGAUCGUCGGUGUGGACUAUGCUGAAGCAGUGACGGGAUUUAAUUUUAAGGGCAGACACGGCACCGCUGUCGUCCAGGGCGUUGUUGUGGCACAAGAGUACCAGGAUGCCGUGGAAGCUGUGAUUCGUGGCAUGGAAUAUGCACAAGAGGAGGCCGAAGAAGCGCUACGAACCUCCGAGUCUCUGAGAUUAUGGAGGAGGUUCUACCUGGGCUUAAAAAUCGCACAACGGGUCAAUGCUAUCGAAAUAGAUGGGGAGACAGGCCCAACAAUCAACGUGCAAGCAGAGAUAGAGAAGCAGGACAAAGCAAUCACAGAGCAACAACUGGCUGGUGGUUUCUUCAUGGAUGACGCCGAGGGACCUGCAGCUUCUCCACCUCCCGUACGACGGCAUUAUCGCAGAGUUGUCGACGAAGAUGAGGAUGAGGAUGAAGAGAUGAUGCCUGCGGAUAUGAUGUCUCGUAACCAAAGCAGUGCAUACACACCAAAUCAUGACAUGAACAGUGGAGGCUUCAUCUCAGAACAUCAAUCUAGCUCUCUUCACACACGAUCGCCCAAAACGGCCAGGGCAGUACCCGGAGGAGAGAGCGUUGACAAUAGCGCAGGGAACGAUAUGUCUGGUGGUUUUAUCCCAGAAGACGAUGCUAUACCCGGUGGGUUCAUCCCAGAAGAUGAAGCUAUGUCCGGUGGUUUCAUCCCAGAAGACAACCAUAUGUCUGGUGGCUUUAUUCCAGAAGAUGAUGGUGUCUCUGGUGGAUUUGUGCGUGAGCCGUCCUCGCACCAAAACAUAACAUCACCUUUACCUCACCCAGCCUCAACACCAUCCGAGGCCGGAUCGCUAAUGUCAGAAGAUCCCGAUGAUGAAGACGCAGAACCGGAUUGGUUAUUAGACGCUACAUAA